AUGAAGGGUUUUCAAUUAUUAGCGACGUCCCUUUUGUGUGGAAGUGUCUUCGUCGAUGCAGAAGAAUUCUUGGUUCGACUUAAAGGUCCCAAGACACUUGCCAAGAUUAUGGAGAGUCGACUUGGCAACGAACAUCUCAGAGCCUUUUCCAACGGUAAAAUAUUGCAAACUUUCUCUUUUGGUAAAUUUGAAGCGUUUACAAUGGACAUCCCUGCGGCCUAUUUGGACAGAAUACGUGGUAAUCCAUUCGUGGCAGAUAUAGUUCCCAACGUCGAAUUCAAUGUUUUCGACGGUCCUGAGCGGAGUUUCCGACACAAGUCGUCCAGAAGGCGUCCGCACUCAAACCGUAUGGGCGGAGACGAAAUCGAUUGGGACGACGAUGACGACCCUUCCGAGGACGAUUUGGUGGUGCAGAAAGAUGCACCGCGGCAUUUGGCGCGAAUUUCACGCCGCGCCCAAUUGCCCUACAACUCUGAACCCGGAUGGUCUGAGUCUUUUAACUAUUAUUACGACGAAGAAUUCGACGGCUCGUCCGUGAACGUUUAUAUCAUCGACACGGGUAUUUUCAAAGAGCACAAACAAUUUCGAGGGCGGGCCAAAUUUGGAGCAGAUUUCGUCGGAGAGGGCCCUGGAGAUCUCAAUGGGCACGGUACGCAUGUGGCCGGACUUGUUGGAUCACGCACGUUUGGAGUAGCCAAAAACUCGAAACUUUUCGAAGUCAAAGCACUCAAUUCUAAGGGCCAAGGAAAUUUGACAAGCGUCAUAAGUGCUAUUGAAUUUUCUGUGAACCAUUGUAGGAAAAGCAAGCAUGGAUGUGUUGCUAAUUUGAGUCUAGGGUCUUUCCGUAAUAAUGUUUUGAACCAAGCAGUCGAAGCAGCUUUGGAAGCUGGCUUGGUAAUUGUGGUUGCCGCGGGUAACUCAAACGCCAAUGCGUGUUGGAGCAGUCCUGCAUCUUCACAAGCAGCUAUCACGGUGGGUGCGUUCGAUGAUCGAACUGACACGAUUGCGCGGUUUUCAAAUUGGGGCAAUUGCGUCGAUAUUUUCGCGCCCGGAGUCAAAGUUGUCUCGUUGUCUAAUAUGCCGCCGUUCAAGCCCGUUGCUUAUUCCGGUACCUCGAUGGCGUCGCCAAUUAUUUGUGGUGUAGCGGCUUUACUUCUGGAUAGUGGCAUCCAUCCCUACAGCAUAAAAGAGGAACUGAUGUCUCUCGCGACUGAGCCCGCCUUUUCAAAGAGAACUUUGUUGUUCAAACCGGGGACUCCCAAUCGUAUCGUUUUCACGGGAGUCGACAAAGAUGACGAUUUUUUCGAAGACGGGGUAUACCCAGUGCUGGAUAUGGACAGGCUUGUACACGAUCUUCAAAGUUACAAUGAAGACGGACAUGUGUCAGAGGACGACGUCACGGUGCCCCUAGGCGAAAUAAAAUUGAAAAGAAGAUCUUACACGACGUUGGCGCCUCGUUAA